CUCUACUGCCCAAUUUUUAUAGUGAGUGGCCGAAAACGUGUUUGAUUAUUCUGGCAGAAGACAAAUCUGUGCUGUUUAAAAGUUAAAGUGAAGUAAAGUGAAAUAAAAAGCAACAUGCACAUGCAUUUUUAAAUAUGGGUUGCGGGUCAUCAAAAGUCAGUAGUGUGGUCCAUAUCAACCAUGAUACCUCUAGCAGAACACAAUCUUCUUUACAUGGUCAUGUGGAAAGGGUCGAAAACUUAGAAAUGUAUUCAUCAAAACAGUCUGUUUCAAACGAAAGCUUCAAACAGAGAAAAAAGAAGUUGAUUCCCAAUGUUGAAAUAUUUAAGAAAGCUGAUGAGAGGGUUUUUCAGGCGCCUGCAUCAGAGUUGUCUGGUAAAGAGCUUGUUGAGUUUUUAAUUGAACCAUUUCAAGAUUCAGAUUUAAUGAAACUGCGUGUUAUUUGGUCAUGGGUAACACACAAUAUCGUAUAUGAUGUUGAUUCCUAUUUUAAUCCAAGUAAUCAAAAACAUUCUGACGUAGACGCAAAGAAUGUAUUGGCUACUGGAAAAGCUGUUUGUUCAGGGUAUGCGAAUGUGUGCAAAUAUAUGACAAAUCUUGCUAGCUUGAGAAUGGAAACUAUAACCGGAUGGGCAAAAGGUUUUUCAUACGUAACUGGAACGAGUUUCAGCGAUCAAAAUACCAAUCAUGCGUGGAAUGCUGUGUACUUAGCAGACUCAUGGUGGCUGUUGGAUUCAACUUGGUCAGCUGGUUAUGUUGAUAGCAACAAGAAUUUCAUACAAAAAUACAACGAACAUUUUUUCUUAACAAACCCUGAAGAAUUUAUAUACGAUCAUUUACCGGAGAAUUCUGACUGGCAACUGUUGGAUACUCCAAUCAGUUUGAAGACUUACGAAGACUUAGCUAAGUUCUCCACGGAUUUUUUUCGAUUGAAAAUGAAAGCUGUGACGCAUACUAAUGGUACGAUUAAUUGCAGCGAUGGUAAAAUACACAUGAAAUAUAAAAUCGAGAGAGAAAUACCUAUAAAGUGCAUAGGGAAGUUAAUAAAAGAAGGCGCAACCAAGGCUAUAGAUAAUCACAUUCAUACAUACACAACAGAAAAAGUUCUCCACGUUUUAGUCAGUUUGCCAUCGAAAGGAGCAUAUCACUUGAAACUAUUUGCUGGUGAAGCCAAUACGGAGGAGAAGGACCAGUUACCUGUCAUUUCUUCUUAUGUAAUAAACUGCGCAAAAGAACAAGAAAUAUGCGCGGUUUACCCGAAACAGUACAAAAAAUGGAGUCCUGGGUUUUAUUUACACUCUCCUACUGAGGGGCAAUUAUACGUUGGAGAGACGUAUCCAUUCAAGAUAUCGUUGCCUGGUAUUAUUGAAAUGGCUGUAUGUCUGGGUGGAAAGAAAUCGAGUUGGCUUCGCCUUCCCAAUACAACUGGCGUUGUGUGGGAGGGUGAUGUUACCAUGGAAGCAGGAACAGAGAGGGUGUCAGUAUUAGCAAAGUUUGACAAACAAGUUAAUAGCACGUUUUCAAGUUUAUUGGAAUAUCAAGUGUUGGAUAAAACAUAAGAUUUUUAAAUGAUAGAAAUCGUUCACCACCCCACAUGAGUCAGUGCGCAUGCGUAUCAAACAAACUUUGUGACAAAGGAGUAACAGGGAUAAAUUUUAUGGGGAAUAGAUUAUUUUACAUAAAUUAUUUUUUAAAGAACUAUUUAGCAUCAUCAGAAACCAAGAAAGCGGAUUCUGGGGUAAUUUUUCUAAUUACGUUGGAGCCUUUGAUGACUUUUUCUGAAAGCAACAAAGAAGACAUCGUAUUUCCACAAAGCUUGGCAGAAGUGUUAACGUAUUGAAGGACAAUUAAGAUAAAAAUUGGAUGACGUUAUUUAGCCCAAGACGACGUCGUCAUAAAUUACUGAACAAAUAAAAAGGCUAACACCGUAAAACUUUAGAAUGAGAAAUAGUCUUCCAAACGACGUUAAAAAUUAAUAAUAAAAAAAUGCAGAAAAGAUGGCUAAGAAAUUAAUUUUGGAGCUGAACCAUAGUUUAGCAUUAUACCAAAUUUUUCAUUAUUUUUCAUUAAAGUCCAUAAAGAAAGCUAAAAAUGAGGAAAAUUUAUCAAAUUUUAAUCGCUUCUUCAGAAAUCAUGCUAACAAAUAAGAGGGGGUUGCAAAAUGGGUUAACCAUAAAACACACAACCUUUUACAAACAAAUAAAAGGGUUUUUUUUAUAUAAAUUUUUUAUUUUAAUUCAACGGAUUAGUUUAAAACUUGCUAGCUUUUUCUUCGCUUGUUACAUCACAUGUUGUUACAUCGCAUGUUUCAUUUUUUUAAUGAAGUGAAAACAUACCUUUGUUCACAUGCAAAGGUAUGUUUACGCUACAACAAUGCCCCGUUUUUAAAACUUCCACUCCUUCAAGGAACUUAUCUAACUUAAGGGUAUUAAUUUUCGUUACAACUUUUAUAAAAGAAACAAAAAAAAUUCUUUUCGCGAAGUGCUAAUAUUUUCCAACAAUUCAAUUUCGAGAUUUUCCAGAAUAAUUUUAAAAUUUUUUAAUGACAAAUUUGCGAGGAUUUAUUUUACUGAAUUUCGGGGAUAGCGAGUUUUGACAAAAUGGACAAAAACUCCCAAAAUUUAAGAGAAUUUUCUAGAAUAUUUUUACGUGAGCAUAAAAAUUCUUAUCGUUCUGUUAAAGUUUUAAAUUAUAUUUAGAUGUAUUUUUUUAUAAAUUAUUUGUUGUUUUAAUGAGAACCUUGUAAACAUAGUUGUUACUACAACCCAGCCCAGAUAUUGCAUUAUCGCUAUGAUAUUUUAGAAAAGUUGUUUGUACUCCAAAUGUUUAGAGUGUAAUUAUAUAAAUAUAUUUGUAAUUUAUAAGGAGUUGAUUAUAUCAAAAAAAUAUCGACCUUUUUUAAAUGUCUAAGUGCUCUAAGUAACGCCAAGUCUGUAGCCGCCCGUCUUCAACGCCCUCCUGCUCCUCCUUAUAAUGCUUAAGAAACGACCUUUGUUUAAUACUAGAAUACA